AUGGGAGCAAAGGCUCCGAGAGGACCUAAGGUUGCUCAGUGGGCCAUGGAAACGGCAGUGAUUGGUGUGGUGGUGGUGCUGUUCGUGGUGACUGUGGCCAUCACCUGUGUCCUCUGCUGCUUCAGCUGUGACUCGAGGGUCCAGGAUCCUCAGGGGGGCCCUGGCCGCAGCUUCACGGUGGCCACGUUUCGCCAGGAAGCUUCUCUCUUCACGGGGCCUGUUCGCCAUGCCCAGCUAGUGCCAAGUGCCCAGGACUUCUGGACCUUCAUGUGAUGCCUGAGUCCCCAGGAUUUGCUGUGCUGAUGGGUCAGACUCGCCCGCCCCUCAGCAAGCCUUCUCUGGCCUUCCCCUCCUCCCAGGGCCUUCUCCCCAUCCUUCCCCUCCGGUAACCUAUGAACUUCCCGUCUCCUCCCAUUCCAGCCUUCUGUGCCCUCCAGCCUCGGGGAUCCUUGUUAUUGGGACAGCCCAGCUGAGGUUGACCCACAGGAUGGGGCUUAGGAAGGCUCUGAGGAGUGAGUGAACAGACACAGCGCCGGAAUGCACUGUGGGCCGGCUCUGCUGAUCUACACCAGGAAAUGAAAUAUCACUGGAAUGUAUUGUAGACGGUGUGCCUAUGAUGCUGGUUCUGUUGCCACCUGAGCACGCAGCACCCUCAAGUAGACAUUUUUAGAAACCGCUUCUUACUUGCUCUCCUAAUUGAUUACUUUUGCACAUUGCACAGAACCCAACCUCGAGGCCUGCUCCCUGCCAGUUGCCUGAAAUCAGCCCUAAAGUUCUGAAACCAAAGAGCUGCUUCCUGAGAACAAGUUAUUUACUUUAGAAUUGAAAAUGUAUAUCCUUUUAUGGGCCUUUCCAAAUCUGAUUUGAAAAACCACGAAAGGAAACAGAAGAGAAAAUAAGAGCCACAGAAGGUACAAUAUGUUUUAUUAACAGGAAAGCCAGAAAUAAGAUAUUUUAAACAUAUUUUUUAAUGAGACUUUAUUGCUAUAUUCCAACAGGUCACUUCUAUUCUUAGAGAAUGUGAAUGACUUGUGUCACUUCGGAGUGACAGAAAAAUCAGGAACCGAAAGAUAAUUCCAGACAAGUUAAAAUGUUAUGUUACAUUCAAAGCUCUUGUUUUCAUCACAAAUAAGGAGAUAUUCAGUUUUUAUUAACAGAAAACCCGCUCCCCCAUGGCCAUGGAAUAAAUGCCGUGCUAUAUUUAA